AAUAACUCAAAAACCACAAACAAUAAAUGAUAACCGAAUGAAAAUUGUCUGAGUAUAUCACCCUCUACAUCAUACAAAAAAAUAAUUUAAAGGUGAACAAACCCUUUAACUGUGACUUCAUUUUGCCUGAUUAUGUCCAUUUGUCCUUUUAGAUUUCGACGAUGGAGAAAUCAUUGAGAAAUCCAUCUCUCAAGAUGCUGUACUCCGUCCUGAAGAACUUCAGGGAGGAAUAUACAGACUUUGAGGCCCUUGCCUCUUAUUACGAAGAUCACUACCAGGACCAAAACAGCAAGAACCUCAACCUAAAACACUUCCUUCUUACAUGUGUUGAGGACCCGAGGAUGAGGGCUAAGGAGAACAUUGCCCAAUACAUUUUAAUGCUCGACUCACUGGAAGUGCUCAAGAGGGAACGUGCCUCCCUCAAGAAUGCCAAGCUGCCUCCUGGUCAUCCAACACGACUGCAAAACCGGAGGCAGAACUAUGAGUAUCUGCGGCUGCAGAAUACCAUCAAACAUCACUUUCGGCAUUUCCACAUCGAGCUCUUGAGGGAGCAGAAGCUGCGGGAAGCUGCUCGUAAGAAACAAACGCACAAACAAACUCCUGCAGCUAAAGAAAAGGAGCAUGGAGCCACUGCAGCAGCAGAAGAGGAAGCCCUUGCCUCACAGGGGAAAGAAGGAGCAAAAGAGAAAGAAGAGGAGGAAGAAGCAGCUCCAGGAGAAGUACAGCAAGCUCUUGAAGAGAAUGAGAAAGAGGGAGCAGAAGAAGGAGGUCCUGCAGAAGAUCAAGCCCCUGCAGUGGAGGAGAAGAUGGAGGAGCAAUCUCCUGCAGUGGAAGAACAGGCAGGAAUGAAGAGGAAAAGAAAUGAAGAGGAAGAUCCAGCAGCGGAGAAUAAAGAAGAGCGAGUAGAUGGAGAAGAAGCUCCUCCGGAGGUAGAAAGGCUGACCCUCCGAAAACGGCCAAGGAAGGACUACAGAGGAUUUAGCAUUCCACCAGAAGACUCUUCAGACAGUUCUGCUGCCAGCGACGCAACCCUGCUCCUUGCAUGCCUUCUGUGGCUGUUUGUACAUAUUUGUGUGUUUGUGUGUGUCUAUGUGUGUCUGUGAGUGUUUGUCUAUGUUUGUGUGUGUCUGUGUCUAGCCAUGAUCCAGGGUAUAAACCGACUGCCGUUUGAAGGAGUCAGGAAGGAAUUUUUACCCUCAGUUCAAAUUGGC